GGGGGCGGGGGUUUUGGCUGAGGGGUAUAAACAACAUUUGUGUAGUUCUCCGUACGUACAGUGAAUCAGUGAUAGGACUGUUAAUUGGCCCUUGUCAUCCGCCCCCGUAUUCUUCUUCUUUCUGUGUUAAUUGGCGAAUAGUCUCCAACAUAGAAUGCGGUCAUCAUCAGAAGAUGGACAAUCGCGGUAGUAGCACAACCAGUACCAAGACGAAGGAUAACAUUAACACCACGGUUCAAAUCUCAGCUCCAACCUCAAAGUCAUCUUCUGCUAUUCCGACCUCAUCUCCCAUUCCCAUAGCCCCAGCCCCAGCCCCAGCCCCUCCCAGCAGCUGCAACAGUAAGUAUUCCAUGGAAGAAGUCUGGAAAGAUAUCUGUCCCUCUGCUCUCCUCCACCAGCCCACCAGUACCUCUUCCUCCGCUGCUGCCCUCGAGGGUAUUGUUUUCCAGGAGUUCUUGUCCCGACCUUCAAGGGCCCAGUAUGACUCGACUAGUCGCCAUCAUCAUCAUCAUCAUCCUGGCCGCCAUUCUUCUUUAGAAAGCAUCGACAGAGGCUCCUUUGGUUCCCACUCCCAGGGACAGCCAGCUCCGGCCGCGACUGCAUCAAUCACUCUGAGCUUGAACGCAACGAGGCCACCACCCUCUUCUUCAUUUUCUCUUCCUCUGGACCAUGAUCUUGAUGCCGAUGCCAAUUUGAACCCUCCCACCGUCGAGUUUUCUAUCUUGCCUGAGAAAAGGGCGUCUCAAGAUGAAGACACUUGUCACCGGAACAAGCGUAUGAUCAAGAAUAGAGAGUCGGCUGCCAGGUCCAGGGCUAGAAAACAGCAGGCUUACACCAGCGAGUUGGAGAUUAAGGUUGCACGUUUAAUGGAGGAAAAUGCUAAGCUUAGAAGGCAACAACAAGAGAAGCACUGUCUGCAGCAGGCUCCUGCCCCGUUUCCAAAAAAGCAAAUGCUGUGCCGAACCUUAACAGCCCCAUUUUAAGCAGUCUCCAUGUCGCGCAAUUUUACGUUUCUGUCCCUGUUUGAUGAUGGAUGUGAGUGACCUCUGCUUUGCUGUCUUCUGUUCAGUUGACUUAUCUCUCUGUAUUAGCUAGCGUGUAAUAUAAAAAGGGAGAAAAAGAUUUGCUGCAA